GAGUGAUUCGAUCAGUAUCGAAUUGUCUUUCGGGGUGGGCACUAGGUAUGCCCCUGCCCAGUGCUUUAAGUUAUUUUAAUUCUAAAGUCUUAUAACGUCACUAUCGUGGAUUUGACAGAAAAAAAAAAUCAGAAUGCGAGCAGUCAUUUCUUAUCUCAUUGUACUGAUCACGAUAGCUACGACUAUUGGGAAUCCAGUAAUUCCUUCACAUGACCCUCCGAUUGAUCUGUUUGGACCAAGGUCGUUAGAAAUCGUUGCGACAGCAGCACCGGAAGACUAUAGGCUGAAUGAUGAUGUGCUUCCAUCUCACUAUGACAUCGAGCUGACGCCGUAUUUUCAAGAUGAAGGAGAUCAUAAAGCUUUCACAUUCGACGGAACGGUUGUGAUUACUAUCAGGCCAACGAAAGCAGGAGUUAACAGUAUUAAACUGCAGAAAAGAUACAUCGACAUCAACAGCUGGACAUUGAUCAGAGCCAGCGACAGCUUACCGAUAUCAAUCGGAAGAGAAAGCUUCGAUGAAGAAACGGAUAUGUUAACUAUUCCUGUCAAUACGGCUCUUUCACUGGGGACAGACUACCAGCUUAUUUUUAAUUAUGUCGGAAUUUUGGACGAUGACAUGGCUGGCUUCUACAGAAGCUACUACUGGGAAAAGGGCCAGAAAGUUUGGAUGGCUUCGACACAGUUCCAGACCACAAGUGCUCGUCGGGCCUUUCCUUGUUUCGAUGAACCAAGUUAUAAAGCGACUUUCCAGGUGAAAAUCAACCGACCUGCCAAUUACGUAGCUUUCUCCAACACUGCCAUCAGCCAAACCACAAAUUUACUAAGUGGUCGUCAGCAGGAUGAGUUCCUUAAAACUCCCCUUAUGUCAACCUAUCUCAUCGCCUUCAUUGUUGCCGACUAUCGAGUAAAUGAGAAAGACGGCAUGGGGAUCCUCGCAAGACCUGAAGCAAUCAACCAAACGGACUACAGUUUGAACGUCGGAAUCGACAUUCUGAAAGAGCUGGAUGAUUUUGUUGAUUACCCGUUUACUUCCGUCCCUGAAAUGACAAGAAUGUAUAUGGCAGCUGUUCCGGACUUUUCAGCCGGUGCAAUGGAGAAUUGGGGUCUAUUGACCUAUCGUGAAACCAACAUUCUGUAUCGGAGUGACGACUCGACUAGUCUUCAGCAGCAACGUAUUGCUGCUGUUAUUGCUCACGAAAUAGCCCAUCAAUGGUUUGGAGAUUUGGUAACCUGCGCUUGGUGGGAUGUGACAUGGUUGAACGAAGGUUUUGCCAGAUACUUCCAAUACUUUGGAACAGCUAUGGUAGAAAAAGAAUGGAAUCUUGAGGAGCAAUUCGUGGUAGAACAAUUACAAGGUGUGAUGCAGAUGGAUAGCUUGGAAUCCACUCAUCCGAUGACUCACUACGUCUACACACGAUCACAGAUCAGCAACAUUUUUGACAGCAUCUCUUAUAAUAAGGGAGCCGUCACAUUGCGAAUGGUAGAACACAUUCUAUCUUCAAAUACCUUUAAAAAUGCACUUCGAGCAUACAUCAAGAAACAAGCUUACAAGAGUAGCAGACCAGAGGACUUGUUUGACUCCUUGGUUGAAUUCGGAGGUCAAUCAAUCCGAACAUUCAUGGAACCUUGGACUGUCCAAGCAGGAUACCCACUGGUAACAGUAAUCGGAAGUGCUGAUGGAUACUCUCUUGUCCAAAGAAGGUUUUUGUUGAAUAACAUGGAUCACGAUGAUAAAACCUGGUGGCCUCUUCCAAUCACCUAUUCCACGAAACCUGCAGACUUUGCCAACACCAAACCUGAAAUUAUUUCUGCCGCAACCCACAAGAUUACCGUACAAAACCCAGAACAGUUACCUUAUUUCAUUUUGAACAACCAACAGGUUGGAUACUAUCGUGUAAACUACGACAGUGCCAAUUGGGACAAAAUCAGUAAAGCGCUUCGUUCAGAAAAUUUCGGUGGAAUUCAUGUACUGAACCGAGCUCAAAUUGUCGAUGAUCUUUUCAAUUUGGCUAGAGCUGGAGAAGUAGAGUACAAAACAGCACUCAAUAUACUCGAUUAUUUGCGCGAUGAAACCGAAUACGCACCUUGGUUGGCUGCAAUCAAUGGCCUUACUACUCUUUCACGAAGAAUUCAUUCCGACGACGACGAAAUCUUUGCGAAAUAUAUUGUUCAACUGUUCAGUAAAGCAUACGAUACCGUCAAGUUCCAAGCACCAGCUGAAAAUGAGAAGCGCGUUCUAACUUACAUGCGCAUCAAUGUCCUCCAGUGGGCUUGCAAUUAUGGACAUGAAGCUUGUAAAAAGGCUGCCGUCGAAGAGUUCACUCGGUUCUUCGCUAACCCUUCUGUGAAAGUUCAUCCAGAUCUCCGACAGGUCGUAUACUGUGAGGGAAUCCGUCAGGGUACAGAGGAGCACUUCGAUUUCCUUUGGAACCAAUAUCUAACAACUAACAUGGCCACCGAACAGAUUCUGGUCCUUCAGGGAUUGGGAUGCGCCAGUGAUAGAGAGCUUAUCUUUAAAAUGAUGGAUGCCAUUUCUUCGGACAGUAUCAGGCCGCAGGAUAAAAGUGCUGGCUUCACUUAUCUUCUUAACAACCCAUACACUCUGAAUUAUCUUUCGGAAUAUCUGCGAAGUUAUUAUGAAAGAUGGCGAUUGGCCCAUGGUUCGUACCUAUCUGUGGCCAGCGCUUUCAAUAGUAUCUUGGCUCGGGCCAAGACUGACGAACAGAUGUGGCGAAUUAGAUCGUUCGUCGCACGCAACGAGGAAGUAUUUGGUGCUGACGCCUUCAAUUCUGUCAACCGAGGAGUGGAGGACUACAUGGCCAAUAGAAAUUUCACCGAAAAACAUCGAGCUGCUAUCAAGGGAUUCCUGGAUGAAAAAGUAGGCUCUGGGGCAGCAAUGACCACUUUAAGUUUAUCCGUAUUUGUGACAGUUGUGCUGGCGUUCUUUCGAAUGCUCCAUAUAACUGAUUAUCUGAUUUUAUUGAUGGUUUUGGCUACGGCCAAAACAAAUCCGGUGAUUCCCGGCCAUGCACCACACGCACUAGAAAGUGGUGUAACAGCUGCACCGGAAGACUUUAGGUUGAAUGACGAUGUGCUGCCAUCUCACUAUGAUCUUGAGGUAACGCCAUAUUUCCAAGAUGAAGGAGACAAAAAAGCUUUCACAUUCGAUGGAACAGUAGUAAUUACCAUCAGGCCAACGAAAGCUGGAGUGAACAAAAUAAAACUUCACAAACGAGACAUCGACAUCAACAGCUGGACAUUGAUCAGAGCCAGUGACGGCUUUCCGAUUUCAGCUGGAGAGGGAAGCUUCGAUGGAGUAACAGAAAUACUUACAAUUCCCAUCAAUUCGGCGUUGACACUAGAAAUCGACUACAAGCUAACAUUUAACUAUGUCGGCUAUUUAAAAGACGAUAUGUCUGGGUUCUAUCGGAGUUUUUACUGGGAAAACGGUGCAAAGGUCUGGAUGGCGUCAACUCAAUUUCAAAUGACGGACGCAAGGAAAGCUUUUCCCUGUUUUGAUGAGCCAAGCUUUAAAGCGACCUUUCAGGUGAAAGUAAAUCGGCCAUCCGAAUAUAAGGCUUUUUCUAAUACUCCAAUUUUGGGAAGCAUCAACUUAUCAAGCGACCGCGUUCAGGAUGUUUUUAAUAGAACUCCACCAAUGUCAACGUAUCUGCUGGCUUUCCUCGUAGCCGACUACCAUGUGAAUGAGAGAGACGGAAUGGGAAUUUUGGCGAGACCGGAAGCAAUGAACCAAACUGACUACAGUUUAAAUUUUGGAAUUUAUAUUCUUAAAACGCUAGAUGAAUAUUUCGAUUAUCCAUACAACGCUGUACUCGAAAUGACCAGAAUGUACAUGGCAGUAGUUCCGGAUUUGCUGCCAGCUGGUAUGGAAAACUGGGGCCUGGUGACUUACCGCGACGUAAAUCUUUUGUAUAGCCGCGAUGAUACGUCAAGCCUUCAACAGCAACGCAUUGCUACCGUGAUCACUCACGAGAUCGUUCAUCAGUGGUUUGGAAAUUUAGUAACCUGUGCUUGGUGGGAUGUGGCAUGGUUGAAUGAAUCAAUUACGAGGUACCUUCAAUACUUCGGAACAGCUAUGGUCGAGAAAGACUGGGGUCUUGAAGAGCAAUUCGUAGUUGAACAAUUGCAAGUAGUGAUGCAGAUGGAUAGCUUGGAAUCCUCUCAUCCGAUGACUCACUACGUCUACACACCAUCACAGAUAUUAGGUAUUUUUGAUAACAUCUCUUACAAUAAGGGAGCUGUAACGGUGCGAAUGAUUGAACACAUACUUUCUGCCAAUACUUUGAGAAAUGCGAUACGGGCUUACCUUAAGAAACAUGCCUUCAAAAGUAGCAGACCAGAGGACCUGUUUGAUUCGUUGGUUGAUUUUGGAGGACAGUCUAUUCGAGCGUUCUUUGAACCUUGGACUAUACAAACUGGCUAUCCUCUGGUAACAGUUAGUGCGAGUUCUGACGGUUAUUCACUUGUCCAGAAAAGAUUUUUAAUGAGUAGUGAGGACCAUGACGACAAAACCUUAUGGCCAAUUCCAAUCACUUACUCCACGAAACCUGCGGACUUCGCACACACUUUGCCAGCCAUCAUGUUUAGUGAAAACUACAAAAUUUCGGUUUCGAACCCAGAACAGCUCCCAUACUUCAUUCUCAAUAAUCAGCAGGUUGGAUACUAUCGUGUCAACUACGACAAUGAUAACUGGGCUAAAAUCAGUGCAGCACUCCAUACGGAAAACUUCGGAGGAAUUCAUGUGCUCAAUCGACGUUUGUGCUCACUUUUAUGUUUCAUUUAUAAAUUUUGAAUAACAUUAAUGAGAUACAUGGUUCAACUGCUGAAUAAAGCCUACAACACGCUCAAGUUCGAAGCUCCAGCAGUAAAUGAGAAACGCACAUUGUCAUAUUUGCGCAUCAAUUUCCUCCAGUGGGCUUGCAACUUCGGUCACGAAGCAUGCAGAAAGACAGCCACCGAUGAAUUCGCUAGGUUCUUCGAUAAUCCUUUGGUGAAGGUGCACCCAGACCUUCGACAAGUCGUAUACUGCGAGGGAAUACGACAGGGUAUGGAAGAGCAGUUCGACUUCCUAUGGCAGCACUAUUUGACCACCAACGUGGCUACGGAACAACUUCUCGUGCUGCAAGGACUGGCAUGCGCCAGCGAAAGAGAACUGGUUUAUAAAAUGAUGGAUGCGAUUUCUUCGGAAAGCGUAAGAUCGCACGAUAAAAAUGGAGCUUUCAUAAAUCUGUGCAAUAAUCAAAACACUCUGGAUUUCUUGUCCGAAUAUCUGCGAGAGAAUUAUGAACGAUGGCGGAAGGCUUUCGGUUCUUACCUGUCGGUGGCCAGCGCUUUCAACGAAAUUUUAACCCGAGCCAAAACUGACGAUCAGAUGUGGUCAAUUAAAUCGUUCGCCGAACGAAACGAGCGAAUUUUUGGUCCUGAUGCCUAUGGAUCAAUUAUGCGUGGUGUGGAAGAGUUUAUUGCUAACAGAAAUUUCACAGCUAAACACCGACCCGCUAUCAAAGCAUUUCUUGAAGAGAAGGUUGGAGCAACCGCAACAAUUUCCACGCUUAGCUUAUCUGUUCUGGUAACGGCAAUAAUAGUGCGUUUCCUUUAA